UUCACUGCUCAGCGAAGAGUUUCUGUAAUAGACAGGAUGCAACAUAACUAUAUCAAGACCAAGACUGGAUUAACAAACAAUGGAUUCCCUUUAGUCCAGCAGUCAGCUGACAGGUCGAAUGGGCUGUGGAGGCCCUGGGCUGUCCAGAAAGACUCACAGAGGAACCACAGGAGAUUGCAUAGCUUGCCUUAUGUCAAGCCAAAGGAAAGUGUAGAGCUAUCUGCAGUCAAACACAUGAAGACUGUCACAUAUACACAUCCAGUGAAGUUAUUUUGGCCCAAAUCAAAGUGCUAUGACUAUCUGUAUCAGGAAGCGGAGGCGCUGCUGAGAAACUACCCAGUUCAGGCAACAAUCUCGUUUUGCGAGGAUUCAGACAGUGAGGAGGAGAGCGAUUCAUAGGAGUAA